AUGAUACCGGACCAAAGGAGCGCAUUCCGCGCCUCAGUUUUGCUGGCUUGUGCGAUAAUCUGCAGCAACGUGCUAUGUCCCGCCGGUGCCUAUCUGUACAACAACCGCUACGCAGGGUGAGUAAAACAGGCACCCAUUCAUGUCCGCUCGGAGCUCACCAGAGUCCUCAUUCUGCAGGAAAAGUUCUGACAGCGUUUUUUUCUUCCUUUACCCCCCUUUCUUCUACAAGAUGCGGGAUUUAUCUUUGAUCAGGCACAAAAAAAGUUCAUGCUCACUAUCAUUCUGGGACAUAUUUCCAGUUUGAGACAUAAAUAUACAGAUUUUAUCUCAACACAGACAGGUUCUGUUGUCUGGUGGCACUGGGAUAAGUUAGUAUCUGUAGAGUUUUGUGCAGAGAGACCUUCAGAUUGCUCAUCAUAGGCACAGAUGUCACAGGGGGAUGCUUCCUGCUACAGACGCCUGUCAAGCUGCUCGUUUCCAAAAAAUUAUAGCUGCUGCACCCAACUCUCUUAGCGUGGCAUGUGUUUCUAAAAUCACCAGAGAGUCAAAACAGUCAUUUUUGACAAACUGCAUAGCUGUCUGUCUGCAUGUUUUUGACUCUGUGUUUGGAACACUCACAUCUAGCCCAUAAAAUAGAUAAUCUCAGGUUUUGACCCUGGAAGUCAAGUUUAAGGAGCAUUUGGACAAAUUGAUGUUAUUUCAGGGACCAUCUGGAGCUGGGUAUGUGUAGUAAUUUAGGGUUUAUGGUGUUUUUCAAAAGAGAUUAAAAUGUGAUUUAGUUAAAGCACAUGGGGAUCACCUCUAGUGGAAACCCUCUCUUCAUCUCAAACUACAUAUACUCCAGAAUCAGUCACUGUAAGCCUUUUUAAUUUAAAAGUAAAUCCUUCACUGUCAAAAUGUUUCAAAAUCAUUCAUAAAAUUAUGUCUAAGCAUUGCUGAACUUGAGGAUUUGGACACUGGAGCUGCAGAAAUGAUAUUUUGGAAAGCAGUAUCCAGACGCUGCUGGUCCAGCUCUUUAAAGCAAAUUGCUUCCAUCCCAGAAGGAGAGCGGCUGCGGGAAUCAACAGACUGUCAGCCAUAGCUCAGAAAAACCCUGCAGCUUUUUCGUAAAGCAAAAGGCCCUUUUUUCAUAAAAGCAGUGUAACUAAAACAGUCUGCCCUUAUCUAGACUAAUUACAACAAGAAGGCUGAGGAACGGGCCAAGUCUGGACUACAACAGUACCAGCGUUGACUAUAUUUGGUGUUCAAACAAAGAACACAGUCCCAUUUGGAUAAAGAGAAUGAAACAUAUUCUCUUUAUCCGUCAGAAAAUUGACAAUUUUUUCCCCCCUAGUUUAAAUCUGAUGAAUUAUUACAUUGGCCGUCCUGUUUUUCAUCAGCUUUCCCCAAUUAUUUAUCAUAUCCCUUUAUUUUUUUUUUUUUCAUCUAAAAACUACUAACUCCCUUCUCUUUUCAAGUCCAUCUUUAGUAGCCAUUAUUGCCAUGGAAACAUGCACUUUUUUCAGUCAGUGAAACACAGUGGCUACUCACAUGAGUCCUUUUGUUCCUCAAAUCUCAGAGCGGCCUGCUGUCACCUUUGUUUAGGGGGGCCCGGCUUCCUGUGUGGCACAUUGUAAAAAAAAGCUCUUUGAAAUAAAUCCGAUGGAGGAAGAGGAAAAAAACACAAACAUGAAAGUGAUUCUAUACAGCCUGGCAGACUCAGGUAACCGGGCACACAGAGAGUAAGAGUAAACUUCAGAGUGGAAGCAAUGCUAAGUAGGAUUCAUGAUGAGAAUAGAGGAUCUUUGUCUGGAUGGAAGAUGAUUUACACAGUGUGGUUUAAUAUUAAGUUUGAAAGGCCUUAAAAACUCUCUAAUUUCUUUAUUUGUCCCAAAAACAGCUACAAGAACAUUUGAAGAAUUACGACAUACUGGAUCCUACUUCUAAAUACAUUUACAACAAAUUUAAUCAAUGAGUCAAAUACCUCAUUGAGAGUUUUUAAUUGGACAAAAAAAAUCUGUAAAAGGCUUCAAAUCAGCUUGAAAAUCAGUUUUUCGUCAUUUGUCUUUUUUUAUGAAUGAUUUUCUUUUGUGCAUGAAUACUAGGGCAUGUAAGAAAUAUCAAGACAACACAUUAGUGCUACAUUUUAAUAUUUUGUGAGUGUGUAUUGUCUUUCUCUUUACUAAUUUUCUACUUAUAGUCAUGCUUUAGUGUUGAGUGCUACAGGGACUGUGAAAGAUACAAUGCAAAUGGGAACCUCAAAGUAUGAAUCAUAUCAAUCUCUGUACUUUAUUUUAUGUAAUAUGCAAAAUACUGAUACAACAGUCUAUCACUGCCCUCAUGCAAUUCAGUAAACGCAUCACUGGUGACAUAUUUUGGUUGAUGUUGGUAAUAACAACUAAUACAGGACCCCAAGAAUGGUGGGUGGUGCAUUAGUAGCAGCUGUAGCAAUAAUUUCACUUAAAACUCCUCAUAGUGGGUCUCGCAAGUCAUACAUUACUGACAUCAUUACUUUUGGGGGAUGACAUAUAUAUAUAUACACCAGAUAUCAUAUUAUAUCUCUAUCUGUUAUACAUACAUGUGAACAUGACAUACAAGUAGCCUUCAGUAAGGUAUGGUUCUUAAUAAUUUGGUUCAAAGAUAUAAGGUCAAGUCUUUAAUCUUCUAAUACCUGAGCUGACACACCUUAAUCUACAUUCUUCAUCAGCAUGUAUGUUUUUACAGUCAGCGAUGUGAAGCAGCAGCUGCCACAGUGUACUUCCAGGUGUUACCUGCAGAGUCUGAAACAAUGAAAUAUAAUCCUUUAAUGAUGUCUCACUCUGGUUGUUGGACUGGGGUUUGACCCUGUCAUGUAUAGGAGUACAAAUGAGGAACCACCCACUCCACCGUCAAACACCUGCUAUUAUAAACGUCAGCGUCAAUCAGCACAAAGGGGGGUAAUGUUACCUGUGACUUUGUGGCCCAAGUGUUUUUUGAAAAUGGGAGGAAAUAGAUCCAAGCCAUUUGGAGUGAGUUUUUAGUGUCAUAAAAAAUCCUUUCAGGCAUUUUGAUCCUGGUUGUAAACCGACACUCAAAGGGUCUCUGCUGUUUUUUUCACAGUGAUCAAGUCUUCAGGAUUACACCAAGUGAUGAUGAGGAGGUGCGAGUGCUGAAGAAAAUACUGGGACACAUGAAGGUCGGUGCAUGUGUUUUCUUAUAUUCACACAAAAACAGUUACUACACUGACUUACAUUAAAGACUUAGUUUGAUUACCACCAGUAAUUUUUUGGGACCGUUUAAUUUCUAAAUUGCUUUAUAAUAAAUUUUAUCUGGUAUUAUUCUGCUCGUACCAAUCCACAGUCCCUCACUAGACUGUAAACAGUUUGUCACACACAGACAGGGUGGGGCGUGAGGCAGUGGGUAGACAGAAAGAGGGGACAUGUGACAGACCACUGAGACCACUGGGAUAGUGAGACAAUAGGGACCUGGGGGGUUCUAGGGAGUAUAUCCUGACUGUGACAGAUGACCACACUUGGCUGCUCCCUGUCUGAGAGACCAGGACACUGAUGAUAGGAUUCUCUGCAUUUGCUCGAAUAAGAAAACCCAAAGUGGCAGAUGAAAAAUACAGAGGUUUCUUUGUGAUGAGACUGAAAGUUGGUAACUUUAUAAACAUAUGUUUCAAAGAGAGUUAAAUUAUGGAGGGAAAACCUGAAGAACACCAAAGCCUGGCCUCUUUAACCAAACUCAUUUGGGAGUGAUUACCCAUGAGCCUCAGGAACAGAGAUGACCUUUCUUUGCACAUUGUUUCAGUUUGCAAAUCCACCACAUAGGAAACAUGAGGAGCCUGGUGCAAUUAUAAAGAGUCUCAUUCAACGAACAGUAAAGGCACUGCUUUGAAUAUUUGAUUGCACAGAUGAUUUUACUUCGUCUGCAGAUGAUAGGGGCACUGAAGGAGACAUGUUUAUGAAAGACCAGAACAAACAUCCUUAUAAAGUUCUUGACUUCCCAAAAAAAUUACAUUUUUACUGGAAAAACUAAUUGUUCGCCUCUAAUCACUCCAUCCAAAGGCCAUUUAAACAAAUUUUUUUCACCAUGUUGAAAUAAAAAAAGUGUCGUCCUUCUCUUCACUUUGGUUUGUUUUUUCUCAGACUCCUUCUAUGAUUUCUAGGUCUGUAUUGGUUCUGGUCAGGUUCUUGUUUUGUGGUCCCAUCUCUAGCAGUCAAGUAAAAAGCAAUACAAAUUGAAAUUCAGGAAAUGUUCAUGAUUUGUUGACGAGCGGUACGAGGACAGAGCCAGGCUGCUGGUCAGGACCCAGCGAGAGCUUUGUGUAUAUUGGGGCAGUGGACGCAGUGAUCCAAGGCCGACCGGAGAGAUGGCAGGUUCUGUUUGGACAGCUGUGGACUUGAGCUUUCAGUAGGAUGGUCACACUGUCAUACCUACAGUGCCAGAGUCAGAGGUUUUCAGCCUCAUGUAUGCAUUAGAUUGAUAUCCAAACAGCUACUUUACAUUUCCCAAACAAGUGAAUUGGGACUUUUGAACUUAACGAGUCUCACUUUAUAGCAAAUUAACACAACCAAACACAGCAUUUCUUGAACAAAUUUUAACCAUCUCUCCUAUAAAUAGCUAGAGGUUUGUGGAUUGUUCCCAAGACUUGUUGUGUAUUGCAUUUCUCUCUCAUAAUUUCUCUUACUCAAGCAUAAACCCCUCAUCCCCGUUUGCCAUGUUUUCAGUGAAAAUGCUAAACUAUGCUUACAAGCAGCACAGACAGGAGAGUGAUAUUAAUCUCUUUAUUCAACUCGUGGCAGGAAGGUAAAUAACUGAACUCUUCCUACUAACAUUUGUUAUAUUUCUCAUCUGUGCCCCACCUUGAAUUUUUUAACUUGCUCCUUAGAACCUAACCCUCCAAGUGCAUUUCAACACUUAUUUCCAGUCUCAAAUUAUUAAAAGCAAAUUAUUUUUCAAACAUGUUAUAGAUAUUUUAUUUCCAAGCGUAUUCUUGCUUUAUUCGAUUGGACCUUGUUUGUGUUUUAAAUCUUGUUUUUCCCAGACCCUAUUGGACCCUGUUUUGUGAAAAAUAGUUUGACUUGUCUCAUUUAAAUCCACCCCCUUAAAGUACUGUGAUUGGACUUGUUACCCUUUUAAUUGGUGCACUUCUUUUUUUUUACUUGCCUUAAAAACAUUGUUAAAGCAUGGUCUGUGUUGUUAUGGCCAUUCGGUUAUCAUAUAAACCACACAAAGUUCACAUCACAAUCGGGAGACAAGCAGACAAAUACCUCAGCUUUAGUGCUCAUAAAAUCAGCCUUUAAAAUGUGAAAACUGUCAGUGAGGACUUGUGUUAUCUGAUUAAAGUGCUUUUUAGGCAUAUGCGUUUUGGCUAACAGAAGAGUGGUUCUGAAACAUUUAGGGUACUUACCCAUUUGGAAAUGCCAUAAAAGUGCAGCAGCAGCAGUAGAGAGUGGUUUAUUCUGCAGGGCACCAAACAUUCCAGCUGAAGACUUACUACUCCUCCAGCUCUAAACAAAGUUGAAUUAAUCUGCUGGGCUUUCUGUAAACCAUUAAACCAAUUGACACAUUAACAAGCAUGUGUGCAGGGGCAGACCUGCGUGUCUGCUACAGCGCAAAUGUAAGCCAGCUGAAGACAUUCACACAUGCUAACAAACGCAUUGAGUAAACUGUUUUUCUCUUUGCAGGGACUUCUGUGUGUGUGAUUGUAGACUCAAGUAUUUCUUUUUGCGUAGACUAAACUUUUCUUCUUAAUGUUUCUCUGUUAUCAUAUUUAUCACCGUGUCCUGUCUGUGUUUAUGUUGAUGGUUAGAUUAGUCAGUCAGGUAAAGCUAGCAAACCAGAUUAUCACUGAAGACUGAAGUUUGAGAUACUUCAAUAAGGAAAAAAGUAAAGGGCAUGUUUGCAGAAAGUGCAUAUGAUGGUUUGCACUAGAACUGACUGGGAAUGUUUGAUUAUGUUUAUAUAUUUUUUGUGUUUGACAAAGAUGCUUCCUGGGUAAAUAAACUCGGGUAGGUAAUCAUAACAAUGCAUAAUAUGACUGAUUUGAUUCCCUCUUCACUUUAUCAGCCACAGUUUAUCUAUUAGCAUUGGCAAUCGUUGAACCCUCCUAAAAUUUUAUAUCAUUUCUUUAUAUUCAUCAGUCAUGUAACCACCAAUCUAACAGAUUUGUCCUGCUUCUUUAAGGUGGACCUCUGGCAGCCCAACAGCUUGACUCUCAUCAGCCAAAAUGCAACAGUGGAUGUCCAUGUGAAACGCAAUGACACUCCAGGCUUACAUGCACGCCUAAAGAAGAAACACAUUGACUAUCGGUAAGACCAGGAAUACAGCACAUACUGAACUACACAUAUAUGCUGGCCCGUCGUACACUCGUCUGUAUUUCUUAAUCUUGUUAGCAGACUUUCUACACCCUGAAAACAUCUGCUAUCCAAAGGGUGCCGCAAUUACCCAGCUCUCCCCAGCCAGAAUACACCAUUUGCACAUGCAGACUUGGCCAUGAAUUGCAUGCAAAAAAAAAAAAGGCCUCAUACUUCCUGAAUUCUGGAACACACAAUAACGCUAACGCACACACACUCGGAGCACAUCAGAGCCCCCUCUCCCAAUCUGCUCUCAGAAGCAACCCUUUCAUCUCUCCGCCCCAUCCCUCAUCAAAAUUAACACUGAAAUGAUGGAGCUUUAUCAAAGCGGCUGCGGCUAGAAAGAAUUCCAUUGUCAUCUCUGUCCUGAGGGAGGAACUGCAGAUCUGAGGAUGAGGGCUUUUUUUCCAACUCUGUGUUGACUGGCUGAGGAUUUUUCAAAAUGCUUUACACUGCAGGGGGACGGUCUUUGGUAGGUGGUCGGGUUUUGGGGGAAUCACACGUCAGAGGGUUUACUCCAAAGGGAAAUAAACUAUCCUUUUAGGAGAAAUUAAAGUAGUUAAAGAUAGAAAUGUGAACAUAAGUACUUUUAGAGAGUUGCACUGCCCACAUAGCAGCUAUAAAAAAAGAUCUGUAUCUGUUUCAGACUGGGUUGGGAAGUGAAGAGGCAGGAGAAGCAAUACUGUGGUUUGAGCUAAUUUACAACACUUUCCAUUUACUGAUAAACUGCAAUUGGAUAAUCAGUCGUGCUACAGAAUAAGGCGAAAGAUAUUGUUGAAAACAGCAUUACUGUCGACAGUAAAUCCAGGAACCCUGAUCCAUUAUUUCAUAUCAGCCAAGAGUGCCAUCUAGAAUAGAUGCAUUUAAUUACAGAGCAGUGACCCAGCAGACAAAAAGGGACCUUUGGUAAUAAAUCAUUGAAUGGAAACUUGGAAAAGGCAGGAGCUAUUAAAUCUAGAGACACAAAUAUGCAACCUCAUGUUAGUGAUCCUCAGUUUUGGGUCUCAGGGCUGAAAAGUUGAGGGGACUCUUAAACUAGGUUAAACAUUUUUCUUGAGGGGUCACAGCUAAUUAUGAUAUAGUUUUCAGAGUUCUCAGGUAUCGAUGAAUGUUUGGUUUAAGAUAAAUAAAAUGGAGAAGCAGCUGGUGACCAAGGUGAGAAUUAUGUAAGGGAUGGUGAUAUUAAAGGAUCCAGAAGCAGACUGCAUGACACACAGAUGGUUCAAAGGUUUUGUUUGAGGCUGGCUGGUUCUGGCUGAGACUGAAGGUAGGUGAAGUCUGGCAGUGUGGAUGUGGUUUGUCCAGAAAGGCUGAGACGCUGGGUCUGGCAGGAUCUGUGCACAAGGAAAAAUUGGUUACGUCUUUGGGGCGAAAACACUGAGAAAAAUACUCUGAUAUAUUAACACACAGUAAUCUCACUACCACAUAGUAGAGUGAGUUAUCUGGUGAGGAGAGGAGAGGAAGCCAGGGUCUUUGUACGGCUGCUGAGAUGAGAUGAAUUGCAGGUGUGAUCAGUCAGCCAGGUGCCUAAUAGCGCAGGCCAGGCCCUUUAGAAAAAACAGCCAGUAAGACCGAUGGGGGAGGAAACACAAGGGAGCAGAGAAAACACAAUCAGGCUGUGACGAAUUAAUGGUUUACAAAUCUUUAUUUACACUCAAGCGUACAAUGAUAAACACAUUGGAUUUAAAACAUGAUGCAUCUUUACUUUUUUUUUUCAGAACUUUGUACUAAUAUAAAUGUAAAAGGAAAAACUUAGUGUUGUCACUGUUUUAAAUUGUUGUUGCACGUUUUAAGAUUAUUGAUUAGAGUGUUGCACAGAUUGGUAUCAUUUUCAUCAUAUUUCUCCUUAAUGUUCUCUCGUCCAUCCACAGCGUGUUUAUCACAAAUCUACAGAAGGAGAUAGAGAAGCAGACAGGAUAUCGCUCAUCACGCAGGCGGAGGUCAGAGUCUCAGUAUGACUACGAGGUGUACCACUCUCUGGAAGAGGUAGAAUGAAUGAACGAAUGAAUGAAUGCAUGAAUGUUUGCACAGCCACCUAAACAUGAGAUGCAAAUUCCAACAUAAAAUAAAUACAUGAAUAAACUUGUAAAUAAUGACACAAGGAAUGUAAUAGAUUCAUGUUAAAGGGAGGGAUGUGACUCAGACAUAUUUGUAUAGACAAAGUCUGCACUCCCCACAGGAAAGGUAAUAUAAAAACAGUUGCAAGAUAUGAUAAAAGAGGUUGUCAUUACCUUUUAAUAAAGGUGUUCCAUGGUAGGAACCUUAAAGACUCUUUAUACCAUCAUGAGACUGGGGGAGGUUUCUCCUAGAUCCACUGGAUUAGAUUACACUACCUACUCAUUAAUAUGACCUGUCCUAUUAAUAUAAAGCAUUUGCAUCUUCUUACCAAUAGCUAAAUAUUAACAGGUAUUGUCAGAUACAGUAAUAACUUCCAAAUUCUUUUUCACAUGUCACAAAGAGGGGAGAGAUCUGAUGGUUCAUUUUGUUGAGGAAAUUAAGGCGUCUGCUGCACUCUAAUAUAAUAUUCUAUGUUAGUGCUCUUUGAGUCUCUUGAUUUUCAAGCAGAGAAAAAAGCAUCUGAACACGCAGAGACCAACCUUCAAGUCCUUUUCCCGUAAUUCCUUAGUUCUCUCUGCAUUACCAUAUUUGACAAGAUGUAAUUUGUCAUAAAAAGGGGACUUAAUUUCCUUUUGUUAAAGGCUUUUAAAUUAAAAACUGGGUGGGAUACUCUCGAUUGGGCUCAACAGCGCUGGAUCAGUGAAAAAAUAAGAUCCAAUUGUACAGAAUAGCUAACUUCACAAAAUCCAAAGAAGUGGCUGUGUGGUUUUCUGUAUUUAGUCUGGAGUUGUGAGUCUGUGAACACUCCAGCUCAUAAAAGUGUCAGACCCCAUGAAGCAGUGUGAGUUGAGCGCACAGAUCCUGAGAGCCUACACAAAUCUUAAGUAGUCUAGGCUUUGAUCCUCUCCUUCUCUCUUAAACACACAUUUUUAGUCAUAUGUCUCUCUGUGUGCCUGAGUAUGGUUGUUUUAACAUUUGGUUGUUUUAAUUCAUACAAAUACUAUGGCACCAUCACUUUAGAUUCAGUCAGAACAUGCAGACUGUGAGUCAACCUAACUUGAACACUAUGUUUAUUAGUAAUUAUAUCAGUCUGACCCAGAAGUUUAAGUUGAACCUAUAACAUAUGACACUUUCAGAAUAUGAUCAAAUGAAACAAAUUUCAGCUCAGCUCUUUUCUUCGCUAAAUGAAGUCUCACGCAAAUCCAAAGGUUCUUGCUCAUGUGUCUCUUUGCCCUGAGUCUAAUUCUUAUUUUGCUCCAUGAAAAACCACAUGAGCAGACACAGUAAAUGCACAAAUUCACCAUCCUUAAGAAUGACUUUCAACUGCCUGAAACAUUAAAUACACAAUAUAAAAUGUUUUAGAGGUUACUCUUGAAGGUUUUGUAAACUAAUUUUGUAUGACAUUUGUCUCCCUGCAGAUCCAGAGCUGGAUGUUUGACAUGAACAGAACUCACUCAGACCUGGUCGACAUGUUCUCCAUCGGGAAGUCGUACGAGGGUAGACCACUUUAUGUCCUUCAGGUAGGAGAGAGAGAGAGAGAGAGAGAGAGAAACGCAGGAAUCAAAGAAGGAUCCACACAUUGUACCAAAAGCUUAGGUGUAACUCCUGACUUGAGUUUUCAUUCUUGAUCCAGAACUUAAUAAAAUAUCUUGAAUGUACAUACCCUACACCAUUUUCUGUCAAGAGCAUGAAAACGUACAUGCAAAACAAAACACACAUGUGCGUGCACAUGCGCCAAAUGAAAGUGCUUGUGUCCUGUCAGCUAGGAAAGAGAGAUCGUCAUCAGAAGAAAGCUGUGUGGAUCGACUGUGGCGUCCACGCCAGAGAGUGGAUAGGACCUGCCUUCUGCCAGUGGUUUGUUAAAGAGGUAGUUUUGACUUUCAGGUUUGCAAUAAAAACGAACAAAAUAAGAGCAUCUGCAUGUUCAAAUGGCAUCUAAAGGGCAUACAUCUUAACUAUCUCUUUCAAGCUUUUGAUGGGAUUUUUUUUUAUAUCUCCAAGGUCUGCAGCAAAAACAGGAACAUCUGCUUUCUUUUCAUGCACAGUUAUGCAAAUACUUGAGAGCGUAAGUUUGAUGUUGGCCAUACAUGAGUGUCUACAAAAGCCCCCUUACAUCUUAGAGUCUUUGUUGCUAACCCCUGAUAUGAGGACAGUGCCAGACCAGAGCUUGACAUUAACUGUGGGAGCUUUUAAUGGCUUGUUUAAUAACGCUGUGAUGCCAGACUAGUGGAAUUUGCAGUACAUUAAGUGCUAGAACUUGAACAUAAUUAAAGUUAAGUCCAUGAAUAUCAAUUUAGAGCACUGAGUCAUGGCCUACUUUAUGGGAUUUUUGCACCAUAGUCUACAACAGAUAAGUACUAAGUUUAAAAAAAAGUGAAAAUCUUGUAACCACACAUUGGCACAGGCAUUAGGCAUCUAAAGGUUAGCCACUCUGAGGUAAGCUGGAGUGUACCAUUUACAAAACAGUGCUUUGUUAUGCUUUUCCUUCCCUCUGUUUGUAGACACUCUCCGACAUGAUGGUUCAAAUCUAAGUUAUCUUUAACAGAUACAGAAAACCUGAUGAAUCUCCUUGAGGUCGUUACAUGAAUUUGCAAAUACUGGAGAAUCUUUCAGUAAAGAAAGAAGAAGUGAGUCAGCAAGAAAAUGAGCAGAAACUCAAAAACGGGGAUUUGCUCCAACUUGCCCGUCAACACUUCAUAUCUCCCCUCUGUGGUGUAAGAACCAGGUUUUGCCACUGGAGGUCAGUGUCCCAUCUUAAUUGGAGGCUCAAAGCUUAUUAACCCUGGUCUGCAGCUGAUUAAGGAGCAGGUAUUAGCAGUAUUAACCCAUUGCCUCACUCAGUCCUUACAGCCAGAGUAUUAACCUACUGGAGUUCUUAUUUACAGAUCAUGCAUACAUGAUGCUUCAAAAUAAUGAAAAUAUGGUGAAGUGGUUGCAUGCCAUUGUGUUAAAAGAUCAAUAAUUCAACAAAGGGCGAGGCAUUUAAUCAAACCAUGUGUCAUUAUUUGACCCCACCUCAUCCUGUGAACUCAAAGACAAAGCCGACCGAGCGACCUCGAGCAGCUUGUACUAGAGACAAAUACCAUGUCAGCUGUUGGGAAAUAAUUCGGCUUUAUUCUGUAUUGUUGAUGAUGAUACACAACAAAAAAGGUCAAGUGUAAAAACUGCAGAAACACACCAACCACCAAUCUGUUUUCUACACCGGGAGCACAAGCACUUUGCAGAAAAUGGAUAGUGCAUGGCUCAAAGACAGAGACACCAACAAACACCAGGCAACAAGUGUCUCCAAAACGCAGCUGUAAAUAACAUAUAUUUAUAAAUGCUGCACAGUCUGAAAUGGAUUCAGCUCAAUGAUUUUAAAUUCACAAAGAUUAGUCAUGCAUGCUUUCAUUAGUUAGUAAUAUCUUUGAUAACUGGGCUUAUUUAUAGUACAAACCUUGGCAAUGAAGUAUCAGGGAAGAACAGGAACAAUAAAAAGAACUAAAACAGAAGAAUUGUUGAUUGAUUCAAGGCCAUACAUCCUCGCACUGACUCACUAUAAUGUGAUAAAUGUGCUUCAUACUUACACAGUUUUCUGCUUUAAUUUUAGGCCAUAAACUCGUACCAGUACGACUCUGUGAUGAGACGACUGCUCAACCAGCUCAGCUUCUACAUCAUGCCUGUUCUUAACGUGGAUGGAUAUCAUUUCAGCUGGACCACGGUACUGUACACGCACACUUCAGAUUAAUUCUAGCUGUUGAUUACUCAAAUAUUAAACAGCUGGAGCCAGAUGUCUUUGUGUUGGUUUUUCCCGCUUUACCCUGAAACUUUACAGAAUACCGGGCUGAGAUCAGGGACCCUUUUUUAUUCAAAAUAAAGGAGAUGCAUCUUCAAUAAAAACUGGUCACGCAUCACUCCUACCCACAGAAUCUGAAUUUUUUUUUAGGCAGUUCACUGAAUAUUUCACUUCCAAAUGGAUCAGAAUUAUACAGUUAUAGAAAACCAAAACAGCAACUGUGAUGUUUCUUAUCUUUUGCGAGUAUAAAGUAUAAACAGUCAAAAAUACGGCCCUGAAGCUCCUGUCUGUUUAUCUCUUGUGACAGGUAGCUCUAUUUGUUCAAUGACUCUGACUGUCAGUGGACAUACACAGUGACACUGUCCUUGUUUUUUUCUUUGCAGGAUCGGUUCUGGAGGAAAACCAGGUCCAGAAAUCACAAGUUCCACUGCCGAGGGGUGGACGCGAACAGGAACUGGAAGGUGAAAUGGUGCGGUGAGUUUAAUGACACUGAACCUCAGAUGAACUCUGAGGAAAAUGCCACUAAGAGGGAAAAUUCAGGCGUAUUUAAAACUUGGGGAGGAACUCCUUGAAGUCAGUUUGCUGAAGCAUUGUAGGUCACUCUGUCUAUUAUUGAGUGUAAUAUGAAAACAGUAUCUGAGUGGUGGUAGUAGUUUGUUGUGUCUCCAGUGGGUGGUGGUUGAGGGGGAUCUGCUGGAUCAUCACUCUGGGAAGACUCAAAUAUAGAACAAAAGUUUGUAUUAUAGAUGUAAAGGAAGUGAGAAAAACAGGAGAGUUUAGAACUGCAGUUUUGCCGUCUCUAAGCAAUAUUUAUCCACAGACUGGUUAUCAAACUACAACAUACCAGACUAAACAGCAAAGAAGGUCAAAAAACCUGAGUUAUUCAAUCCCUAAUCGGUCUGACUACAUUCAGAAAUCUAAAUCUGUCACUUAAAUCAUUCAAUCGGGAAUAAUAAGACGGCAACUUUUGUUUUCCCCAGAGGAAGGAGCCUCCUCUCAUCCCUGCGAUGACACCUACUGCGGUCCCUUCCCUGAGUCUGAACCUGAAGUCAAGGCCGUUGCCAAGUUCUUGCGCAAACACAAGAAACAUGUCAAAGCGUAUAUAUCCAUCCACGCCUACGCCCAAAUGCUGCUGUACCCCUAUUCUUACAAGUACGCCACCAUCCCCAACUUCAGCUGCGUGGUAAGACUUCCUAAUGCUUGUUAUUCAACCGUGAACCUGGUCUAUGUUUUAAACAACAUUAUUAUUCAUCACUUACUGCAUGGCUGCACGCCACACUGAUACUGGAACACAUUGAUAUUAAAUCUUGCUGUGAACACAUAUAGAGGAGGAUCAAUGAUGAGCUCACCCUGUGCUCAGUCUCUCUCUCUCUCUUUCUCUGUCUCUCUGCAGGAGUUAGCAGCUCAUAAUGCAGUGACAGCCCUCUACUCUGCCUAUGGAGUCAGGUACAGAUAUGGACCUGCCUCAACAACUCUGUGUGAGUACUCUUCUUUCCCUUUAUCGUUUUGUAAAAUUGAAAAAUAAACAGUUUUCAUGCAAUGUUUUGGGGGUAUGAUGUGUCAAUCUUAUCUGUUAAUUCACAUUUGGUGACACAAGAUAAGCCUGUUAUGCUUGCAACAAAAUACGCUUGUUGUUUUAGCUGCACAUCAUAUUUAAAGUUUGUGAAAUACAUAUUUAAAUGGCAAAUUGUAUCAACAUAUAUGUUUACAUAUAUCACUGGAAUAAAGAGGAGUAGACAAGGAAACUAUCUGAAGUUGUACUUUAACACAUUUACUUUUGUUUUUUUUGGUGUGUGUGUUUUAACUUACAGCUGAAUGUACUUCCACUGAGUAACUUCCUUAAUGCUUUUUCAUAUUUGGCUCUCUCUUUCACAGAUGUGAGCUCAGGCAGCUCUAUAGAUUGGGCCUACAGAAAUGGGAUCCCAUAUACGUUUGCAUUCGAGUUGAGGGAUACAGGAUACUUUGGCUUCCUCCUGCCUGAAUCUCUGAUAAGCCCCACCUGCACUGAGACUAUGAGGGCGGUCAAGGCCAUCGCAUCAGGUCUGCUGAAGAAGUGCGAGACAGACAGGGACAGAUUUCCAUAUAUAUGA